UUCUCUAUCCCACGUGGGAAUUGUCAGCUAUUGCCCCUUAGUUUACUUUUGCUCGAUGAGUAAAGUGACGAAAGUUUUAGCUUAAUCCUUCAUUUGGGGAUACAAAGUGGGCAUCAAAUCCUUGAGUGGGCAUCAGUCCAAAGUGAAAGUUUGUCAGGUAGAUCCUUCACUCUAAGCAUAUAUGCCAAAGCAAGGCAUAAAUCAUAUAAAAUGUACACCCUGCUUGUAUUGACAUCAUAUAUAAAACCCUUACAUUAACAUCCAUAUUUAGAGAUAAAAGAGUGUGAAUGAGAAAAAAAUGGACUGGUUGUACCCUAAGAGGAGAGGUUCACAAUGGAAGCAGGGAUGGACAAGCCAAACUGUGUCCUCAAUCUCUGCCCCAUCUUUUCAUUUAAUGGCCAUAUUUUCCAUUGUUAUGAUAUUACUGUGGUUAUCUCAAUACACUGGCUACAAAGCUCAGAUGCAGCAAACAGCAGUGAACUUUCAGCUCUUCAUGUUUGUGUUGCCUGCUUUGUUGAUAUUUUUCAUGGCUUCAUAUUCCUCCUCGAGCGGGUUGUUAAACUUUCAGUUUUGGCGUCCACGGCCUGCAACACCAGCAAGAACAUCACCACAAGCCGGGAGCUCACCGUGGGGAGUAGCCAUCUUCCUUGUGCUGCUUUUGGUUUUGCUUUCUUACCAGUCUUCGUUUCACUCCAAAUGGUUUAGUCCUCUUCGGAGUUCAGAUUAGUUACAUGACAUGUAGUGUUGGUUUUUUGGCUUGUUUUCUUUUUCUUUUUCACUUGUUUUGGUUUUGGCCUUUAGGUUAAGGUCACUUUCAUUGAUUAGGCAUAUAAUUUGAAUGUGGCAAAACCUUCCUCCUUACUAUUGCUAUUGUAGUUGUGGGCAUGAUGAGAAAUGGACCCACUGAGGGCUGUGGGUAGGUUUGCAUAAUUUAAUAAACAAAUAUAACAUUGUGACAA